AUGUCGAGACAACAACAAAAUCAAGGUACGAUCAUCAGAGAUUUGCUAAGGGCGGUACAAGAUUUGGGUAGGCAACAAGCACAGGGUGGUCCCCGUGGUACAAACGCUAACAACACCAGCUCAAUCGUGGAACAGUUCCGUCGCUACAAACCCCCAACCUUCGAUGGUAAGGCAGACCCACUAGCAGCUGAAGAAUGGAUAAGAGGAAUGGAGCGAAUCUUCAAACAUCUAUCUUGCACUGAUGCUCAAAAGGUGUUAUGUGCAGAAUUUAUGUUGGUUGACGCGGCAGGCCAUUGGUGGGAGUCAGCAUCUCGCACUAGAACAGAAGCACAACAACGUGCUCUGACUUGGACGCAAUUUAAGGAGGAAAUGAUGGGAAAAUACUUCCCACAAGCCCUGAGGGAUCGCAAGGAGACAGAAUUCCUUCAACUCAGACAAGGAAAGACGAAACUUGAAGAAUAUGAAAGAAAAUUCGAACAACUCUCAAGAUAUGCACCACACCUAGUGGAUACUGAAGCAAAGAAAGCAAGGAGGUUUGAACUUGGAUAUUGGUGGAAUAAUGGCAUCCCACCAAUUCACCACCUAUAG